AUGCCAGCCUUGCGCCGACACGACGUCGUGCACGAGCUCGUGCCAGGUCCCAACAUCCUCGGGACAUCGUCGUUCCACUGCAACGUGGUUCUGGAUGGCGCCAACAUUGGCGACCGACACGCGCUCGUCGAGUUGUCGCCGACAACGUCCGAGGCUGUCGUCUCGGGCAUGGGCGUUGCCGCGGACGUCUUCGUCAACGGCCAGCGCAUUGGCUCGCCGACCAAAGUCGUGCACGGCGACACGCUUGCAUUUGGAACGCCCCAUGACGCCUUCACGUUUGACAUCACGGUGACGUCGUCGGUGGCUGCGUCGACAGCAUCGAUGGGCGCGCCCACGUUUAGCAAGAGCACGCAAGGCAAUCAUUUCCACUCCCGCGUCCAUCCGUCCUUCCGCAACCAAACGCUCAUGGACGCCGCGUUGCGCAGCCUCGUCGAGCGCAAGCUCUUGGAACGCAAACGACUGGCAGCUGCAAGAGAGCACGAGGUCAAGUUGCCGAGGACCCCGCAUAGCGUGGCUCAACGACACCCACUACCCCGCAACGACGUUGAAGACGAGGAUGAUGAGCUGCCCGAGACCUUGGAGAAGCCUGCAGCGGCACCCCGGGCUGCGGUCGUGUCGUCAUACAUAGCGAACAAGCCAGAAGACAUUGCUGCGUGCGAUGACGAAGACGACCUCCCUGAAAUGGUGGACCGUGCAACGAGCCCUGGGGAGAUGGCUCCACCCCCGCGAGCCACCCGCACGCCGUCCCAGCAAGCGGCAAUCGAUCAGCGCGUUCUCACUUACCGUCGACGCAUCCUUGCGAUCGGACUUCGAGCGUGGCGGGACGCCCUUCGUCGGCGCAAGCGCGUGCAAGAAGCGGCAAAGCGCCAGUACGCUGCCAAGAGACUGCAAGCUUGCUUUCGACGCUACCGCUGCCGCCGCCUACUCACGGACGCUUUGGAACUGCGCCGACGCCAGCGGUUUUGGAAACCGUCCAUCUUGCGCCUCGGGUCCCUGUGGCGCAAGCCGCGACUACGAGCUGCGUUGCGUGCGUGGGCGGCGCAUGUACAUCGAGCGCUUCUCGAUGCGCGUCAGCAGAGUAUUGCGCGCCAGCACAAGAAGCAGCUUUUGCUGGUGCGCGCAUGGAGAUCUUGGACACAGCACACAAUCCAUUCGUUCCAGCGCCGGCAGUGGCUCCUCCGGUGCCUUCGACUAUGCACUUUGGCGGCCGCUCGGCGAGCGGUUCAGACGUGGCGACAGCAUCAGCUAUUGCAAACGACGGCGCAGAUGGAACAGAAGCUCCUUGAUGAACAGGCGCGGGUCAAAUCGCUUGUGCACGCCAUUUCGGUGCAAACGCAGGCCGAGGCCAAUGCAUGGGCCGAGCAGGCCAAGGAGACAAACGACCUAUUGCGCAAGGAUUCCGAAGCCCAGGGCGAGCUCCAAGCACUUCGAGCUGCCCUCACCAAGGACGUCCAUGCUGUCGGCAGCCAAACCGAAAACGCUGAAGUCGUGGUCUCCGAGCGAGAAGUACACGCCAAGAUGGUUGCGCAUCUCGAAGCCCAGCUUGCGCAUGCCGAAACCAAGAUCAACGAGCUCAAGCGGGCUGCGGCAAACAGCGCGCAAACCCAUCGCCUCGCGUCCGAGCGUUUUGCCAGCAGCGUGGAUGGCUUUUUGGAGCGCGUCCUGCACGACUAUGAUUCCCGGCUGAUGCGGUGCUGCGCCGAGGUCGAUGUGCUCCAGAGCCUCCAAGACACGCACGUAGCGCAGUUCCGCACCGCUUCCACUCUCGUGGGAUACAUGCAGGAGGAGCGACUGGCGCAAUAUGAGAUGCUCUCAUCACUCUACGACCACGUGCUCGCGACCAAAAAGGAUUAUGUCAUAACCCCAGCUUUGUGUCUUCUGGACAUGUCCCCCAACGGCCAGUACCUACAGACUAUGCUGCUCCAGCGUUUUCAGCGGCUCCGCCAACUUCACGAGCACAUGGCCGACCAAGCUGGUGACGACGAAAAGAAGCUCAAGUACGCCAAGCUUCUUGUGGCAGCGAUGCAUGCACGGCAGGUCGAGUUUGUAGAGACUUGCAUCGGUUUAUACGGCAACAUUGCAACGUCCUGAUGUGCCAAUACUACAUUUGUCGCUACUAAUUCGUGUUCCUGUCAAUGCGAGAAUUCGUA